CGCGCCAAAGUUUGUAUCGUGUGUAUACGGUUACCGUUAUUUGCACUUGGGGUUCCAUAACCAAAACACCCACCGGUUGCGUGCGAGCGGCGGGACAGACCAGAAAAGCGAAACCAAGGCAAAGAAAGGAGUCUUUCGUCAAAAACAAAUAAUGACUGAAGAGAAGGAAAAUUUGGAUGUUGCUGAGGAAGAGAAGUCUGAGAAGCUCGUGAAACUGCCGCUGUCUCGCAUCAAGAGCAUUAUUAAAAUGGAUCCUGAUGUCAAUUUAGCUAGUCAAGAGGCUGUAUUUUUAAUAGCAAAAUCAACGGAACUGUUCAUUGAAUCGUUGGCACGAGAAAGUUAUACACACACUGCAAUGGCAAAGAAGAAGACAGUGCAACGGAAAGAUAUUGAUGCAGCUAUUUCUUCAUCUGACUCACUGUUGUUUCUGGAAGGUGCUUUAGACUCAUAGAUUGAGAAAGCUUUGCCGGUGAGGAUGUGAUUUCCUUCCUUUGUAAGACUGAGAAUGCAUGAUUGUGAAUUUUUACUUCCAUUUCAUAAUUAAUACAAUGUUUUGUUUUAUCA